GCAGCCCGCAGCCGGAUGUAGACGCGUUCUGCGCAUGCGUAGAACAGGGAUUAUUUGGGGGUUCGGCUCGAUCAGUAACACGAGGCUAAUGGCGAAAACGACAAAGUAAUCUCAUGGAAAACAUUAAACGCGUGAAAUAGUUAACAAAGAAGACACAAUUCACGACGGUUUAGGACAUUUCUGGGCUGUUGGAAAGAACUAUGGCGUCAGGCGAGGAGUUUUCUCGAACAAGAGAGGAGAACGAGCGACAGCUUUGCACGACUUACAUUGUGCUACAUACUCAAGACGACCAGCAGUUGAUUGGUGGUCAAGAAGAACGUCCCCCGCUGGGAAGGAGAUCCACUUUGAGGCAGGAGGAUCCACAGCCCCCCCACGUAAAAGAGGAAGAGGAUGACCUCUGCAUCCCCCAGGAGGGAGAGUGUCUUCAAGGGUGGGAGGAGGCUGAUCUCCCCAAGUUGCCACCGACUGGUGUCUCUGUGAAGACCGAAGACCAUGAAGACGGAGCAUGUGAGUCCUCGUCCUCACAGCUUCAUCACAAUCCAAGCCAUCACUUCACAUAUUCAGCAAUGGACGAUGAGAGGCUCAUCUUGGGAGUGGAAAACCACACCGUUUUGUACGACACCGCCCAUCCUUUUUAUAAGGACAAUCCAAAAAAGGAGAAAGCAUGGGAAGCGAUAGCGAUGACGUUGGGAGUGGGUGUGGAGGAAUGCUGCAAGAGAUGGAGGCUUCUCCGUGACCAGUUUGUGAAGUACUCCAAAAAGGACUUUUCAAGUGGCUCUGAUGCCGACUCUCAGCGUCCCUGCUACAAGUAUGCGGAGAUAAUGUCAUUUCUCCGGCCCCACAUACAACAUAGGAGCCCCAAAAGCAACUUACGCACCCCAACGCCUGCUAGCAAGAUGCCUGCCACGGUUGCACCAACACGGGCCACAAAAACAACCACAACAACAAGUAGGACUGAAGUGAGUGGUGCUAGUGUGGCGGACCCUGACCGAUCACAGACUCCCUCAUCUGUGAGUACCGCCCCCUCUCCAGCGCCCUCCGUAAUGUCCUCAGCGUCAACCUCACGUGAGGUGGAAAGGCCCGACCGGUCCCGUAGCCCCGUGGAGAGGACAACGCCGCGGGGCUCGCAGGACGUGAAGAGAAGAAGGAGGAGGCGGAGUCCACCUCAGCAGGCCCCGACUUUUCAGGACCGUCUACUCGAUGUCCUUCAAAAGCCCGCGUCUAAACCAGCGGUGCCAAACACAACAAAAGAUGAGGUGUACUACUUUGCCCUGAGUUUGGUGCCCAUGAUGCUGAGGCUGAGUCAAGAUGGCCUCCGGAAGGCCAAACUCCACAUAUUGCAAACUUUACAUUCAAUCGAAGAUGAGGAGUCACGUGUGGCUUAAACCGGCUGCAGAGCUGCACAUGUCGCCAUGACGACGCUCAGUGGGGGUACUACAGGGACAUUUGAGAAUUCUAUCCACUACAGUAAAUAGUUUUCUUUUUAAGAUACUUUAUCUAAGGUUAUAUUUUGUAAUAGUUGUGAAUAAAAUAACUUAUUUACCUCAGUGCAACAGCCAAUCAAACAUUGGGAAACAUUGACAGGAAAGAAGAUCCAUCAGCUCAGCACUCAUCUUUAUCUGUCCAGGCUCAGCUAUGCCACAAGGUUAUGAAAAUCACCUUGUACCCGUCUUUUAUGAUUGAUGGGAUGAACCCAAACACUUGCUUUUUCCUCGCUUGGCGACAGCAAGCACAUCCUUUAAGCUAACUGAAUGCAUCAACACACAGUAUGUAUUACAUUAUAAUAGUAAAACGCUUAUAAUUAUACAGAGAUAGUACACAGUA